AGCAAAUCGAGAUACAGUAGUAACCCAGAGUGAGGUGGCAGUCUUAUUCCACAUCGACACUGACUUGCCCUGCAUACAUCCUACCUCCGUAUCGCGGAGCGCACUUGAGGAGUGAAAGAGGAAAAGAGUCAAGAUGGCAUCUGGAAGUGGACAAUCCGGGAUCUAGUCUAUUCGGGUUUUCUUGGAUUUUUGGUACCACGGACCGCAAGUGACUGGCCGUGCAAGGCGUUAAUAACUAAGUUGCUCGUGGCCCUGUUGGAAUAGCAACAAAGGACGGGAACGCGCAUUCAUGGGACGCGACUUUGACAGCUCCUCAUUUCUUGUCUUGUAACUUUAUUACCUGGCAGUGGGGGCGAGAUUGUGACCGGAGCAGGAGAACAUGGCUGAGGCUCCACUCCCGGACUUAGACGUGGUCAUCGACCCGGACUUCGAGCCCCAGAAGCGGCCCAGAUCUUGCACCUGGCCGCUACCACGACCGGAGUCAAACGCGGUGAAACCGGAGAGUAAUGACACAGAUAUUAUACCUGAGGAAGAGGAUGAUGAAGACGAUUCAACCACCCCAACAGCCGUCAGUGUUAAUGGCUCUGGCUUGGCGGCGGAGGACCAGAGCAGCAGCAGCCCCGCGGCCGAUGGAGCGCUCUCCUCCCCCGGCCAGGAGAGCGGAGGCUCCCCGCUCUCCGCGCACUCCCCGGCGGCCACCUCCGGCGCGCUGACCCCCAGCAGCCUGGCCGCCCAGCAGACCCCGAGGAAAGCAUCAUCUCGCCGCAACGCCUGGGGGAACCUCUCAUACGCCGACCUGAUAACCAAAGCCAUUGAGAGCGCGCCGGACAAGCGACUGACAUUGUCCCAAAUUUAUGACUGGAUGGUGAGAUCCAUCCCCUAUUUCAAAGACAAAGGCGACAGCAACAGCUCCGCAGGCUGGAAGAACUCCAUCCGGCACAAUCUCUCCCUCCACAGCCGCUUCAUCCGCGUCCAGAACGAAGGAACAGGGAAGAGUUCCUGGUGGAUGAUCAAUCCAGAGGGAGGGAAGGGUGGCAAGGCUCCUCGCCGCCGUGCAGUCUCCAUGGACAACAGCAACAAGUACACCAAGUCUGCCCGUGGCCGUGCUGCCAAGAAGAAGGCAGCUCUGCAGGCUGCAGCCGCUGCAGCUGGUGAAGGCGGCGGAGACAGUCCAUCAGGUCUCUCAAAGUGGCCCGGAAGCCCAACGUCACGCAGCAGCGAGGAGUUGGAUGCCUGGACAGACUUCCGUUCUCGCACUAACUCCAAUGCCAGCACACUGAGCGGUCGCCUAUCACCCAUUCUGGCCAACCCUGAGCUGGAUGAGGUGCCUGAUGAUGAGCCACCUCUCUCGCCCAUGCUGUACUCCAGCCCUGGUCGAGCGCUGUCUCCCGGCAACCCCGCGACCAACGGGAAAGCUGUGCCGACUGAGCUACCCCGCCUGGCCGACCUGGCAGGUACAAUGAACCUGAAUGACGGACUAACAGAUGACCUGAUGGAUGAGUUGCUGGAUAACAUCAACUUGGUGCCAACCGUUUCAGGACCGGCAGCUCCAAAUGGAUCCUCAGGGUUCAAUUUUGGGUCCAAAACCAACGGGCUAGGCUCCCCUUCCUCAGCCUCCUCUCCCUCCAACAACUCUUCCUCUAACGGUGGAGUUAAUGGUUACAGUAACUCCAUCUUUGGCCCCCACACAACGGGCUCCACACUGCGUCCGUCCCCCAUGCAGACCAUCCAGGAGAACAAGCAGACGUCCUUCUCCAGCAUAAGCCUGUCUCGCUUUGGCAGUCAGACGCUACAAGACCUGCUCAACUCUGACAGCCACAGCCACAGUGAUGUCAUGAUGACCCAAUCUGACCCUCUGAUGUCACAGGCCAGCGCCGCCGCUCUCAUUUCUCAGAACUCCCGCCGUGGACUCAUGCUCCGUAAUGAUCCCGUAAUGACCUUUGGGACCACUGGACUUCAGGGUAGCCAAGGGGAGAUACUACAAAGUAACAACCACAACCAGAGCUCCCUGAGGUCUAUAAACGGAGGCCUGAACCUCGCCAAUGAGGCUAACGCUCUGGCUAACGCCAAGCAGCAGCUCCUGCUCUCACCUUUGGGAGGAAAUGGUUCCUCUUCAAUGCAGAUCGACACCUCGAUCUUCUUAAAUGGAACAGUAAGCAACAGUGGAGGGAUCUGCCAGGACCGUUUCCCCACAGAUCUGGACCUGGACAUGUUCAACAGCAGCCUGGAGUGUGAUAUGGACUCCAUCAUCAGGAGCGAACUGAUGGACGCAGACGGCCUGGACUUUAACUUUGACUCUCUGGCUAACAUGAAUGGAGUCGGCAACUUCACAAGCACCAAGCAGACCUCUCAGAGCUGGGUACCCGGCUGAGGGCCAGGCCGGGGAGGAGCAGAGCAGGUCUGAACUGUGUAGUGCAAGAGAAGAUCAGACACACAACACCCUUUUUGCCAAACCUGCCAUCAGCACAACGUAAAAUACAAACCCUGUGUUUACAGAAGAAGACUUUACCUUCGCUCCCACACUGGUGAACCAUGAAUGAUCCAACAGACUCUAGAGAUACUGCACAUCAGCCCUCAAAGCCUCCUGUGAAACAACAACAACAAAAAGAAAGCUAUGUCAAACUCACAAAUCUUAGAAUUAUGCAAUUUUUCCUUUGACACCCAGUCUGUUGAUAUCAAAGAGACACUGUUUUAUCAGAAGGGGUUUCAGGUGGAAUACAAGGACUUAAUAUCAAGCAGAGAUUGAAGGAGUGCACGGUGCAGUUGUUCCCGUUGAAGACAAAUAAAAGUGUAAAGAAGUGAUGUGGUGUAAAUCUGAUCCAGUGGUUUCCUGGGAUGUGUUAUGUUGAAAAGAAUUUCCCUCUGUUCCCACUUUAGUGAUUUUAAAUGUUCAGUGUUUGUUUUUUGGAUUUUCUGUUUUAUCAUUAAUUGUUUCUGCAUCGUACAUGUCUUUACAAAAAGAAUUGGUGUAUUGAUGAAAGAUGAAAAUGGAGUAUCUCACUCGCCGAGUGGCCACACUUAUAGAACAUGCAAUCACACAAAUGGACAAACCCACAAUUUUUCUCAGUUUGCAAAACUUCAGAACCGUUAGAAGUUAAAAUAUCUCAACUGAAUGCCACGCACUUCCAGUUUUGUUAUUAUAAAUUGCUUCAUUUAAAUUAAACGCUGCAUACUGAGGGUUAUAUUACAAUUAGCUGAAUAUUACAAAAAUAUUUGCUAUCUUUUGUGUAUAUCUAACUGUAAAAAAAGAAAAAGAAAAAAGACAAACAUUAAAAUUAUCAUGGAUAUUUGUACAGUGCAGGGCAGUGUAAAGUUCAAGAGGGAGGGGGAAAGAUCUGACUUUUCUUAGAUUUCUUAAAUUCUGGUGUCAAGGUCGUUUAUCACUGCAUACGAUGUAGCCAAAAUGAAUACCUGUGUCCUAGGGUUGUGAACAUUUCCACACCAUACAGGUGCUAUGUAAACAGUGUUGAAUCCUGCCCCGCGAGCAAGCCGUGCAUUUUGUUUGUUCGUUUUUUUAUCCACGACCUGCAGAAGCCCAACGCUGGCUACUUGUAGCGCGAACCUGCAGAUGGCGGCAGCGCUGGCGGGGAGGGGAGCAGGGUUUUAGGCUCAUUCCUCUAGAAGCCAUUUGUUUCUCGAGUAAAACAAUAAGCUAUCUCUGUAUAUUGCCAAAUUACUUGAAACAAACAGUAGGAUAUGCUGGCAGCCAAAUCACAGCACACAUACACAUUAUAUUGCACACACAUACAGUAGAUAGAAGAAAUAAUACCAGGGAUCUGUGUUAAGCUCUGCUGUUUUCUUGUCAUGAGCUUGUGGGGCUUCUUAUGCAUAUAUAGAAUCACUCAGGGGGGAAAAAGGGAGGCUUCCCAUUUUAAGUAACAUCAAGUCACAUUCUAACGGUAUUUUAACAUUUCUUGAUUAAAAAAAAAAAAACUGUUUGUGUUUGUGAAUUUGUAACCUGUGAACUUCUGGCCGUCAAGAUGAAGAGGGAGAUAAAAGUCAGGAUUAAGACUUCUCACGGUCUGGUAUUUUUUUUGGUUUUGCUGUCUUUUUUUUCCCCUCUUGUUGGACUCGUGACACACAUCCCCUCAUGGACACGCCUGGUGCUCCUGCAGGUGACUUCCUGUAUCUCCUGAGUACAUGUUAAUGUGUGUGUUAUUCUGUGGAGUUUAUUUCUGUUGAAUUAAUCUCACAAGGAUGUGUAACUCCUCACUAUCCCUCAUGGUGCAUACAGCACAGCUGACUGUAUGCAUGUAUGUAUUUAUGCAUUAUGAAUUGUGUGAAAUGCAUAUAUACUCGCUGUAUGUCCUUAUAUACUCAUGUAGUACUUGACCCUUGGAUUUUGUGAUACCUCUGAAGGUAAAGUUGAAGAUAUAAUGAACAACGUUACAUGCCUGUUGGGAGGGAACACUGUUACCAGCGAUUUAAUUGUUGAACCAGAUUUUUGAAAAUGGUGGAAAGCACCAUUGUUGUAGCAUCUGGGCGCCCUGGUAUCCCUUCUCUGUCUGGGGUAGCGACUGAAGUGUGUGCCCCACUGUGUAUUAUAGUGUACAGAUGUGUGUAUAUCACUUUGAGGCAGAGACAGAGGAGUGUGUGUGCAUGGUUGGCUAGAAUGAUCUACUGUGCUAUCUGAGGUUUAGUGCAUGACCUAACUGUACCCCAUAGACCCUUCAAAUGGUGCCGUCCUGCAACAGAAAUUGUAAUACAGAGAGGCACCCUGUGUCUUCAAACAUUUUCUAUUUUUAAAAAUCAGGGCUUACGGAGCAGUUAAGAUUCUGUGCACUAACUACAGGCUGUUUGUAAAGAUGGACAACGCUUCUCCGCUUACCCCCACUGUACACAACUGAAGCCAAAAUAUCCUAUGGAUGUAUAAAGAGAACUAGACACAGCAUUGAACAUGGGGCCCUAUUCAUUCCUCUGAGAGUAGCUUAGUGGCACAAAUGGUUUAAUUGCCACAUAUAAAAUUGCUUAGACACUCUGGGGAUGAUUGGCAGUACUUUCACGCUGUGCGACCCAUACAGCAGACGCACAAGAGACUUGCGGUGGCUGAGCAGCUAACUUCUGCCAACUGAAGGGCUAACUUCCUGUUCAGUGCUCUGUUAACGUGAAUGGAGAUAAAAUGAUUUUAUCUUGUGUUGACAGAAAAUGUUAACAGACCAAAACGAUCAAAUCCCCCCCCCGAUAAAACGAGUCAUUUUGUGGGGGUUGUGACGCUCAAAAAAAUGUGUCCAAUGAUUUUAAGACAUGUCUUUUACCAUGUAACUCAAUGGGAGAAAAGUCUUUUUCAGGCCGCAGGGCAUCACAUGGUGUAAUUAAACUGUUUGGCCACUAUGGGCGCACUUUUUGGCCUCAUACAAAACUGAAGCCAGAAUAACACAGAUACGGCUGCUGCCAUCUUGUUCUGGUGACAUCGUUUGGAGCCAGAGUCUGUGCAGUAGCGAGCUCCACUGUAUUGAGUUCCUACCCAAACACCCGUUAAACCAAUUACAAGCCACGCCAUUGAUCACAAGCAUACGAACUGGCAAACUAAAUCAUCAAUCGCGACAUCAAACCCCCUUUUUAUAGUAUAAAUUAACUAAUUAAUGCCAAAUUUAACAGAAAAAUUAACACUCAAACAUACAUCAGUGUGAUAGGAACAACCGAAAAUGACAGAAACCAUCUAUAGGAAAAAUCCGUCUGAAUUUUUAGUUUGGCCCAUGUCCCAUUUUUACAAUCUAUAUUGCAGCCAGCCACCAGGGGGCGAUCAAUAUGUUUUGGCUUCAGGUUAGGAGAGCUGUCAUGUCGACUAUCUUUAUUAUACAAUCUUUGGUACAGACACAGAGAAAGCCUCCUUUACAGACGUUCCUCAGCUUCACACUUUAUGAUUGACUGAUUUUAUGUCGAGUACAAUAGGUUCACGUCCUGGUGCUCUCAGUUAGUGUUUGGUCAUGACUGAGACAUGCUUAAACCGUCAUCUGACAACAAGCUGGAAUUUCCUACACCAUCACAUCUAAACUUUCCAGAGCAUUUAUCACAUGUCUUUUGGCAGGGGGGAAUCCUGAGCCAUCACCUGGACUGCUGAGCAUUUGAAUUUAUCCACACUGACUGUGCUAAAUAUAAUGAGCGCUUCACUCCUCCUGUGAAGACGACUGACAAGGUGAAUCCAGGGAACCCUGUAAUCCUUUCUGUUUAAAGAAGGGUUAUUUGAUCCCUGAUAAACUGCAAAUCUCAAGUGCAGGAAGGCGUUCCUUACACGCAUUCAGUGUAAAAUGUUUCAGCUCUUCAGGGAGAUAGUUUACACUUAGUCAUAGUGGAGCAGGCCUUCCACACAACCACUCAGUGCUUCAUUCAGGCACAGAUCAUCUCCUCUUGUGUCCAACACACACCUGCAGCAAAAACGUGCAAAUUUAAAGCUAAGAAAAGCAAAAAAAAAACAACAAAAAAAACAAAGAAGAAGAAACAUACCACUAGAUACCUUAAUCACCUCUUGGACGUUUCCUUUUCAUUAUCUUUUCCAUCCUUGUUUAGAGGCCCAGGCCAGCGCCCCUCCAUACGCCCUCUGAACUUUGCCCUUUAUUAAUCUUGCUUCUUCUCGACUUGAUGUUAGUGGGUAUUUUUCCUGUGUAUUCCAUUUUGAAUUGUAAUCUAGUUUGUAUAAGAAAUGGUGCGCAUGUAAAUAAAGCUUGGUGAGGCUCCACACCCUUUCCA